AUGGCGGCCAUGAUGUUUGUAAGUAUGUAUAUGUUAAAAUAAAAGAUAUAAAAUCGGAACAUUUCAUUGGCGACGAGGAUAAUAAAAGAGAUGGCAACUAGUUUACCGGACUUUCCACCAUUUAAUACGGAUGCAGCGCCGACAUCUUUGGGAAUUCAAUUGGAAAAAAUGGGUUCAACGACUCGAGAAUUUAUUUGUGGCCCUCGAUCUUAAGUUAAGGACAAAGCUCGACAAAAGCUUUGCUCCUAUAUUACGGUGGUGUGAAACUAUCAGAUAUUUAUUAUACGCUUGCUUCUGAAGACGAUAAAGAUUAUCAGCAAGUAAAAGGAAAACUAGAUGCACAUUUGGAACCCAAGGUAAACUUGAAUUUGAAACCUAUAAUUUUCGCCAACUAUCUCAGGAAGAGGACAAAUCCAUUGACAAAUUUGUAACCCGUCUUCGAGAUGUUGCCGCCAACAGGUGUGACUUUCAUCGUAUUGAUCUCGAAAUAAAGGAUCAAAUCGUUCAGAAAUGCUUGUAUGAUCGCUUGCGUAGAAAAAAAUUGAGAGAAGAUCUCUCACUCGCAAAUCUAGUGAAUACAGCAAGAGCUAUGGAAAUAGCGGAUGCUCAGAAAAAAGCAUUGGAAAAUCCUUCAAUUCUGAACAGCAAUUCAAAGAUAGUAAAGAACGAGAACACUCUAAAGACGAAAGAGUGUAAAGAGAGGAUCAAAACAACCCGCCCAAAAACAAGGAAUACUUUAACUAUGGUGGACCGUGGCCACAUAGAAAUGGUAGAAAGUCUUGCCCGGCGUGGGGACUUGAAUGUCGGAAUUGUGGAAAGAAGAAUCAUUAUGCAAGGAAGUGCAAAGCAGCUAAAAGGGUGA